AUGUCGCUGAGCCCCAAGCACACGACGCCCUUCUCGGUCACCGAUAUCCUCAGCCCCAUGGAGGAGAGCUACAAGAAGUUCGGCGGCAUGGACGGCGCGGCCGGGCUGGGCGCGCCGCUGGGGCCCUACCGGCAGCCGCCGGUGCCCGCCGCCGCCGCCGUCCCGCAGCACGUCGUAGCGGGCCCCGCCGGGGCGGCCGCCUACCACAUGCCGCACGGCGUGUCCCAGUUCCCGCACGGAGCCGUCGGGGGCUACUGCAACGGCGGCCUGGGCAACGUGGGCGAGCUGCCCGCCUACCCUGAGGGCAUGAGGAGCGGCGCGGCGCCGGGCAGCGGCUGGUACGGGGCCGGCGGCGACCCCCGGUACCCCGGCAUCUCCAGGUUCAUGGGCCCGUCGGCGGGAAUGAACGUGGCCGGGAUGGGCGGCCUGAGCGGCAUCGCCGAGGGCGCCAAGGCCAUGGUGCCGCUGCACGCGGCCCCGCGAAGGAAGAGGAGGGUGCUCUUCUCCCAGGCGCAGGUCUACGAGCUGGAGCGGCGCUUCAAGCAGCAGAAGUACCUGUCGGCGCCCGAGCGGGAGCACCUGGCCAGCCUCAUCCACCUGACACCCACGCAGGUGAAGAUCUGGUUCCAGAACCACCGCUACAAGAUGAAGCGCCAGGCCAAGGACAAGGCGGCAGCCCAGCAGCUGCACCCCGACGGCGCCGGCGGCCUCUGCCAGCAGCACUCGCCGCGCCGUGUCGCCGUGCCCGUGCUGGUGAAGGACGGCAAGCCCUGCCCGCCGCCGGGCAGCGGCACCCCGGCCCCCGGGCAGCCCGCGUCCGCGCCCCCGGGCGGCUCCGGCGGGGCGCUGCCCGCCGCCGCCGCCCACCCGCACCCCGGCUCCCUGGGGCAGGCGGCCGACCUGGAGGAGCUCUCACCCAGCCCGCCGGCGCUGCACGGCCAGGUGCCCCCCCUGGCCCCCAUGGACUCGGCCGGCGUCGACUAUAGCGGCAGCAUGGUCAGCCCCAACCUGCUCUACGGCAGGACGUGGUAAUCGCCCCCGUGCCGCCCCCGGCAUCGCCCCUGCGCCCCGGGACCGGGCCCCGACGGCGCCCCCGGGUCGCCGCCUCCCGAUCUCGUACGGGCCCCCCGCCCCUACCUCCCUUCCCCUCCCCACCCCACCCCGGCCCUGUUGUUUUUUAGAUUCUCUGGGGCUUGGCAGACUUGGGCUUCACCCGGAGGCGGGCGGCGGAGCGGGCACGGCCGGGGGUGUGCGCGGCUGCCCGCUGGUCCCGUGUGCGCGGCGCCGUGCCUCGGCGGAGCGGCCCCGAUGUGGUGGGCGGGCGGCAGCAGGCGGCGAGGGGUCUCCGAGCCCCGCUCCCGGCCCGGUCCCGCUCUGAAGGCCAAAGCAAACCGCGCCCGGGGGCCAGAGCCGCUGUGCUUAUACCUUACAGACCCAUUGACCGCCAACAAUAAAUCCUCUGAAGUGCAACUUAUCUCGGCAGAAUUAAUUUUAUAAGGGUGCCCCUGAAGUGCAAUUUCAUCAUUAUUUGAUUGAAGGUAAAUGGAAUUGUUACUCGAGGCCGAGGAGACGGCGGGCAGUGCGAGCAGCCGCUGCCUUUGGAGGACGGGGCGCGCCGGGCCGCGGCCGCUCGCAGCCAGGGGACAAAGCGCGGCAGGCCCGCAGCGGCGGGGGUGUGCAGGCUGAAAGCUUUGGAGCUUCGCUGCCCGGAUCGCAGGGGAGAAACCUUUCCUCGUUAUUAGGACGGCUCGGUAGCGGUGCGCGGGCAGGCUCCGGGCCUCCGUCGGGAGCCGGGGCUGCAGAGCCGCGGAGCCGCCGCAGGUCCCCGCCGGGCCCGGGCUGCCUGAGACACCCGACGGGACGGGACCCGAUGGGACGGGACGGGGCCGCGCCUGCCCCGAAGGCGCGCCGAGAAGCGCAGCUCGGAAGUUUCCGCCGGUUUUUUUUUUUUUUU